AUGGAUGACAGAAUAGUGGUAUUCUAUCACCAGCAGUGGCUCCCUGACCUUGAAGGUAACGACACCUUCCAAGACGUCGGGAUGGUAAGCGUUAGUACCUGUAGAGAAGUGGAGGUGGUUUUGGAGCCACAAGUGUUAGUUUUGUGUCUUUUGCGAAAACUGCGAAAAGUCAAAAUUAUCUUUAAACCUUGUAUAUAUGACAGGUUCUACGACGGAGUUCUACCAGCAGCAUUAGUGAACAAGGUUAAAUAUAUACAAAAAGAACCUCAGGAGUUUAAUGAUAUGAGUUCAAAUGCUUGUACUGAUAACUCAGUGGGAAAUAAAAAUGAAGAUAAUGAAUCUGAAUCAGAUUAUGGAGUAGUGAGAAACGAAGAUUUAGUUUCAUACUUUGUAACAUUGGUUAACUUGAACAAUAAUGUAAACUGCACCGAGCUUGAGAGUGAAUUCUCAUUAUACGAUGUGCCAAUUCUGAGUAUUAAUCGAGAUAAUCUUUACCUAAAAAGCGAAGUUGUAAUCCCCUCUUACAUUUACACUCACUUGAGGUACGCUAUAAUGUACCUCAUCUGGCUCCACCCUUUGAUUUCCCAUUAUACCCGUGAGGUCGUUUUAAACUCCGAACCUUUCCCAUUCUCUUGGUACUCCUUUCUUAGAAAGAAAUCCCAAGUUAAAAACGAGUGUGGAAACUUUGGAUACUCCACACUUGAGAACACUCUUAGGGACCUCAGAUUUUUUCUUCAAGGAAUAAGUAAAAUUAACUGGUUUGAAGGGUGCAUCUUCUCGAAUCUGAGUGUCCUUUUCAGUCUGCCAUGUCAAGAUUUGGAGGAUAUAGUGAUUUUGCAUAAGGAAUUUGCGGACUUGAAAACCUAUUGCAUAAGAAUGAACGCAAGGUAUGAAGUCGUUUCCCUCAAACCUCCUUUUUUGUCUGGAGAUAAGGUAUCAGCUUCACAUUUCAAGAAGAACUCUAAGCUUUUUAACCAUCUUCUUAAUAUUUAA